AUGGAAUACCCCAACUCGCUCCUCGUCGACCCCUCGAGCUACGACACCAACCUGGACGGCCUAGCCGCCGACAUCCCCCUGCGCGUGAACCGCAACGCCGCUCUCAUCGACCGCGGCACCUUCCGCGCCCAGAAGGACUGGGAACAGGUAUUCAGCGCGCCGUCGUCGAGGUACACGGGCACGGCGGGGCCCGAGUACAGCUUUGCGGCGGUGUGCGCACCGGAGAUACUGGCCGACCGGGCCGAGCUCAUCGGCUACAUGGUCGAGAUGAGUUUCCUGGUCGACGACGUUAUGGACGACGCCGACUCGCCCGCCGCUGCCGCCCCGCGCAUGGCCGACCUGCUGUGCGCGUACGAGGCGGUUAAGAAGGGUCGCGAUGACGCCGCUUCCGCGGGCCACUCGCCGGCGGCUGUGCGGCUGUUUACUGAGAUCGGUAGGGCCAUGCUCGUUGUUGACCCCGACAGGGCUAAGGACGCCUUCCGGUGGAUGGAUUCGUGGAAGAAGGCGGCGCUAGGCCGCCCGGAUGGCGAGAGGGAGAUUCGUAACAUGGAGGACUACCUUGAGUACCGGCGGACCAACGUCGCUUCCGGGGCAGUAUUCGGUUUGGCCAUCUUCGCCGCGGGCCUCGAGAUCCCAGUGGACCAGCAGCAAACGUGCCUGGAGCUUUCCGCACCGUUGUGGCUUCAGUUCGCGCUCGCCAACGACUACCACUCCUGGGAACGCGAGCAGAAAGUCGCGACCGACUGCGGCCACACGUCUGUGACGAAUGCUAUCUGGGUGCUAAUGAACAAACACUCGAUGAGUUGUGACGAGGCGAAAGAGGUGUGCCGUGCCAAAGCGAGCCAGUAUGCCGCCGAGUACGUGCACGUUGUAGAGACAUCCAAGAUUAAAGAUGACCUUUGCGACGACGCCAAGCGCCUCCUCGAAGUGUUCAAGUUCUUAAUUAGCGGGAACAUCAUUUGGGGGCUUCAGUGUCCCCGGUAUCAUACCGGUCGGGAGCUGAACGCAGCACAGCUCGAGAUGGCAGAAGCCAUCAAGGCGGACAAGACGAUCGGCUGGGAGUAUGGCCAGGAGAAGAAGGCCACAAACGGCAUUGCCAAGCAUCACAGGGUUGGUACCAAGGGUGUCCUCAACGGUGUCUCCCACCAGAAGAUGGAGGUUGUGCGGGGCGUUGCAGCCCUGAGCAGGAUGUACACCCUCGAGGCACCAUCCCACUACAUCGACUCGCUGCCCGGCAAAGGGAUCCGUGAUAGGACCAUCAGCGCGCCCAACAGCUGGUACCGACCGUCCACCUUCUUCUCCCUAAUGCUAGACGACAUCGAAGAUUCCACUGAACUGCGUCGCGGCAAACCAGCCACGCACACGGUCUUUGGGACCAUGCAAACCAUCAACUCGGCCGGAUACAGACUUCUCAACGCCCUCGCAGAAGAACUCGAGGACCUUUAUAUAGGCCAGAGCCACGAUCUUGCGUGGACGUGCAACUUGAGCUGCCCCACAGAGGACGAGUACCUCGCCAUGGUUGAUGGCAGAUGUUGGAUGCAGUCGGACUCGCCCACCAAACCGGAUGUGGCUCUCCUGACACGGUUCAUGACCUUGCUGGGCCGUUUGUUCCAGAUCCGGGACGAUUACAUGAACUUGACAUCGGCAGAUUACACCAAGAAAAAGGGGUUCUGCGAAGACCUGGACGAGGGAAAAUACUCACUCCCGCUCAUCCACGCCCUGGGGCGCUCUGGGAAUUCUGGGUCUUCGGAUAUCGGGUCGUCGAAAGCCAAAGGUCACGCCGUUGUCCUUCAAAGUCUACUCUCCCAGCGACAUGUUGCGGGGAAAAUGACAGUGCACCAGAAGAACUUGUUCCUCGAACAUCUUGAACGGACCGGAAGCCUUGAAUACACGCGGCAUGCCCUGGAUGCCCUGCAACUGGAGCUGAAAAGCCUGAUGAAGCAGAUGGGCAUGCAGAGAGACGAGAAUUUGACAGGCUUGUUGGAGGGUUUGAAGGUUUGAGAAGGAAGGAUCUGAGAGAGGGGAGAGCAGCGAAGGCAUGCAUAUUGGAAUAGACAUUAAUAGAACAUCAUCUUAGUAAUAAAAGGUAAUGCAUCA